GCCCAGAGGAACAGCGGGCAUAUGAGCCGGUGUAGCUGCAAUCCUUUCCCGGUUCCAGGUCCAGCCCGCCGCUGCUCAUCUUCUCCCUCAGAAAACCCGCGCCCUACGCCGGAGAAUAAUCUCGCGGCACUUAUUAGGGUUUCCGGCGAGGUCGCGGCAAUUGGGGUUAUGGCGAGGGCGCGCUCGCCCAUGGUGCGGAGCAGGCGCGGCUGCGGAGGUGGAGGCGGCGGCGGCGGCGGCGUGAAGGUGGCGCCGAACCUGGCGUCGGCGUGGGACCGGGAGGGCACGCGGGUGCUCAACCUCAGCGUGCUGCGGCGCCUAGACCCCGCCGUCGUGGAUAUCCUCAUCACCGCCGCGCACGUCGUCUCGUACAGCUUCGACGAGGACAUCGAGGAGUGGCAGAGCAGGAAGCCUGUGGAAGGGUCGCUCUUCGUCGUCAAGAGGAACACCCAGCCCAGAUUCCAAUUGGUCGUCAUGAAUCGACUAAAUACAGAAAAUCUAGUCGAAGAUGUCUUGACAGAUUUUGAAGUUCAGGUGCAUGUUCCCUACGUGAUAUACCGUAAUGCUGCAGAGGAAAUCAUUGGAAUUUGGUUCUAUAACCCUCAGGAAUGUGAAGAAGUUGCACAUCUUUUUCAUAGGAUAAAGUAUGCAUAUGCUAGGGUGUCUCCCAAGGCAAAUCUUUCUUCCAAAAGUGUAUAUGAAGGACGGGAAGCAGCAUCUGGGUCAUCUGCUCUACCUGCAGCCGAAGAUACUCUAGAACAACCGACAUCACCUAGCAUGGUAUCAGAUGAUGUUGAAGAGUUCUUGCUAACCCCUUCAAAGGUAUCCGCAUGUGUAGACACAAUUGGUGGAACAGGGGCAGUACAGCCAAACAAAUCUUUCAGGACUAUUUCUUCUUCUAGUCAUGAAUUGCAUAAUGCCAGUGCAUCACAGGCUUCUGCCUUGCACAAUCUGUUUCCUUCACGAACUUCAUCAGUUACUCUGCGGCCCUUUGAUGCUCAUAGACCACAUAGCUCUGCCACCACCCAAUCUGCAAGUCUUUCAAAUGUAAAGCCACAACUCCUUACACCCAUGGCAUCUAUGCCGUCAACAAUAGCUGCUGCUGCUGCUUCACUGUCUACUGUUCCUCCACUUCAUCCUCCCUUUGCCGAUCAUCAACCACAAGUUGCUCCCUUGCUCCAUCCCUUUCCACUACACACCACACCCCCCAAUCCACCUUAUGGCAUGCCCUUGCUUCAACCAUUCCCGCCGCCUAGUCCGUUGCCAUUGCUUACCCCAUCAGCAUCUUAUAGCCAGGUGAUAACAAGAGAGCAAGUUGGGGCUGCACUGCUGAGGCUUGCACAGAAUGAUAAUUUCAUCGAUAUGGUCUACCGGGAGAUGGUUAAGAGGCCGUACCCUUGAAGACAUGGUUUUGUGUCUGCGCAGCCUUAUAGGUGUCUCAUGUGUUGCCUUUUGUCAAGCAUUUGUUGACAGGUCUGUGAAAUGUAGAGGCUGAGUUUUAACAGCACAGUUCGAGUUGUAGGCUGAUAUAUGAAAUGCAGAGGCCUAGGAUGUUUCAACAACAUAUUUUUGUAGUUUGAGCUGUAAUCUGAGCCGUUCUGAAUGCAUGGCGAUGUUCCAUAA